AUGCACCUUAUCGAACGUCAAUUUGAGAACCUACUCAAAAGGUAUGCAGUGACUCACAAGAUUGACAUGCCUAGAAACCAAACUAAUGAUGCUUUGUGGGCGUACCGCACGGCUUACAAAACUCCAAUAGGUAUGAUUCCAUUCCGCUUGAUCUAUGGAAAACCUUGUCAUCUCCCGGUGGAAUUAGAGCACAAGGCAUUUUGGGCUAUCAAAGCCCUUAACUUUGACAUGAAGACAGUUGGUGAGAAAAGAAAACAUCAAUUAGAUGAACAUGAUGAGUUGAGAUUGGAUGCUUGUGAAAAUGCUAGAACUUACAAGGAGAAAACGAAGUGGAAGUUGACAUCCGGAUGGUCAGAUUUAUUUCAAGUCGGCAAAGUAUAUCCCUAUGGGGUAGUUGAAGUAUGGAGUGAGGCUACCGGUACCAUUAAAGUCUUGGCAUUAAAAUUUGAGAAAACAAUUGCAUUGAGGAAUGGUGACAUUAAGAAGGAAAAUACGGCCGAAUAA